AGGAGCAAGAAAUAAUUAUUCAAAAGUAUGAAGAAUAUAAACGUGUUUCAAGGACGCAGUAAUACUGUAUCUGCUGCCAAAGCAAGAGAAGAGUGUUGGAAAAAGAUCGCUGAUUGCGUUAAUGCAUGCAACCCCAACUACAAACGUUCUUGGCAGCAGAUAAAGACAAAAUAUAAAAAUAUCAUUCAAAGUGCAAACAGAAAAAAGUGUGACAUUCGGAAAACUGGGGGAGGGCCACCUCCCCCAGAAUACACUGUGGCAGAGGAGCUGGCUCUGAGUAGCAAUAAGGGGCGGCCGAUUAUGGAUGGUAUUACAGGUGCUGUACAAUCUGACCCUGGUGCUGGCUCCUCUAAGCAAGUGACACUGGUAGAGGGAAAUACAGUGUCCCUGUUGAAGCCGGCACACAUUCACACAGUCUCCCACACAGAGGGUGACGCAAAUGACGAAGACACCCUCUCUGUGUGUUCUGAAACCAUUGCUGAGGAUUUUUCACAACCUACCCCACAAACUGACGCCUCUACCUCAAUGGGCUUCAGAAGGAAUGUGAACAAGGUGGAAACUGACUCCGUCAGGGCCCUUUACAAAAGGAGCCUAGAAUUAGACUGCACACUAAAGGAGCUGGACUGUGAGCUGAGGAGCCUCCAAAUUAAAAAAAUUAAAUUGGAGAUCAAACAGCUGGAAAAACAGAUCUCACCACAUCAACAAUAAAACCAUUUGAGA